AUGUCUUCCGACAUCAACAAAGUGCCAGCUCCAAUAUCGGCACGUCACGAUAAUUGUUCGAGGGACAGUUUAGCAGCCCAUUUUCAAGGCUCCUCAGGGACACCAGUAGAAACUCACUAUCCCGGUACGUCAACGACAGCAACACCCUCGACUCCGACGAUUUCUUCUGAGUCAAACCCCUCGGAACCAACGCAAGGCCUUGGUAGUCGAGAAGCCAUCGAGUUGAUGAUUAUCGAUUAUCUCGAUCUCCUCUACCCGCUCAUGCCCGUCGUGCACCGUCCAAGUUUCAGAGCCGACUUUGGCCGAGAACGCGAUGAGCACGACCAGAUCUUCUAUUCUUUACUUCUCACCAUCUGUGCAAUGGUGGUGGCUCAGCUACCUCGACGCUUCUUGGACUACAAGAAGGCACGGUGGUUUUUCGAAUUCAACACUCCAAAACAGCUGGUUGUGCACCUGGAGGAGCGUGUUCUUGGCUUACGAAAUCAGGAAUAUUUUGAAACUCCGAGCACACAGAAAUGUGCUAUCGCCUUCUUCCUGGCUUGCAGUUAUGGGAGUCUGAAUGUCGUAGGACGGAUGUCAUUGUACUGGGCGGAGAUGUGGGUGAUGCUGAGGGCGUUGGGAGCCAACGAUCCACAGACUUACAUCGGUCUGAACUUUGUGGAGGCACAGUUAAGGAAGAAGUCAUUCUGGCUCUAUGUGUACUACUCGGUGUAA